AAUAUAAAUGGAGAAUAUCUCGAGCUAUUAUUAUAGUACAGAGUACUCUGUUCCGCAACCGCAGGUGCUGCCUCAAUCUGAUCAGCAGUCCUCGUGCUUCACCUCGAAGAAUCAUUCCGACGAAGAAGUGAAUCUAGCUUCCAACAACCCCAAGAAACGCGCCGGUAGGAAGAAGUUCCGCGAGACGCGCCACCCCGUGUACCGCGGCGUCCGCCUUCGGGACUCCGGGAAGUGGGUCUGCGAGGUCAGGGAGCCCAACAAGAAGACCCGGAUCUGGCUCGGGACUUUCCCAACCGCCGAGAUGGCGGCGCGCGCCCACGAUGUGGCGGCGCUGGCUCUCAGGGGCCGGUCGGCCUGCCUCAACUUCGCCGACUCCUCGUGGAGGCUGCCUGUUCCGGCCUCCGCGGAUGCCAAGGACAUUCAGAAGACUGCCGCAGAGGCCGCGGAGGCUUUCCGUCCCCAGUCAUCGUCGGAUUCCGGAGGCGAUGCGAGGGAGGAAACCGCCGUCGCCGCUAAUAAUUAUACGGCGUCGCCGGAAAAUAUGUACUUUAUGGAUGAAGAGAUGAUGUUUGGGAUGCACGGUUUGGUGGAUAAUAUGGCGGAGGGGCUGAUGAUGAUGCCUCCACCUCAUCAUCAUCAGUACAGUGAUGACGUGGGAAUGGAUGCUGACGUGUCGUUAUGGAGUUAUUCCUUUUAAUUUUCUCUUUUUAGUAUAUGUGGUGGUAGUAGGUGCCAACUACCAUGGAUAAUGUUCUUGUUUGGGUAAUAUUUGAACCCGUACUUGAAUUGUUUUUUCUGGGUCAUUUUUUAAUUUAAUUAUUAAUUAGAUUCUAUUUAGUGAUAAUCCAUGUUGCCUUGAUCACUAAUUAAUUAUGACU